AUGGCAUCACCAAAACGCCCCAACAUCCUCUUCGUCAUGGCGGACGACCAUGCCGCCAAAGCCAUCUCAGCAUAUGGCGCGGGAAUUAACAACACGCCACACCUUGACCGGUUGGCCAAAGAGGGCAUGCUUUUUAACCACUGCUAUGUGACUAACAGCAUCUGCACUCCAUCUCGAGCGGCGAUUCUCACCGGUCAACAUAACCAUGUCAACGACGUGAUGACGCUGGACAGUGCAAUCAACAGCCGGCUUCCUAAUGUGGCCAAAUCGAUGCGGACUGGCGGUUAUGCCACAGCCAUGUAUGGGAAAUGGCACAUGGGAGAGGGCAGGGCCCAUGAACCGUCUGGGUUCGACGACUGGGCGGUCAUCCCUGGUCAGGGUGAAUACUGGGACCCGGCUUUCAUCACCAAGACUGGUAUGGCCAACCGUCCGGGUUAUGCCACCGAUAUCAUCACCGACUUGAGCUUGGAAUUCAUUAAGAAAACCCGUCAGGAAGACCCGGACAAGCCCUUCUUCGUGAUGUGCCAGCACAAGGCACCCCACCGCAGCUGGGAGUGCGAUGACAAACACAAAGAGCUCUACAAGGACCCGAUCCGCUUGCCUGACACUUUUACCGAUGACUACAAGAACCGUGCUCGCGCGGCCAAGGUUGCAAAAAUGCGUGUCAGCGACGACCUCACUUACUAUGACUUGGGCUUGGUCCAGCCUGACGGCGGAUCUAAGCAUGGUCUUGGGGAGAAGAUGACAAACACUUGGUUCUUCACAGACCGCAAAAUCAAAGCACCAGAGGAUAUCACCAAACUCAAACUCAUCGAUAAGGAAGAUGGGACUGUGUUCACUUUCAAGAGUCACACUGAACUUACCGAAUUCAAAUUCCAGCGCUACAUGCAGCGAUAUCUCCGCACCAUUCAAAGCAUCGAUGACAACAUGGGCCGCAUGCUUCAGUACCUUGAAGAUGAAGGUCUCGCUGACAACACCGUUGUGAUCUAUACUAGCGACCAAGGGUUCUUCCUCGGUGAACAUGGCUGGUUUGACAAGCGCUUUAUGUAUGAAGAGAGUUUCCAGAUGCCAUUCCUGAUCAAGUACCCCAACUUGAUCAAGCCCGGCACUGUUUGCGACGACAUAGUUUGCAACGUGGACUUUGCACCUACGUUCCUCGACCUCGCUGGGUUGAGAGUUCCUAGCUACAUGCAGGGAGUGACCUUCAAGAGUCUGCUCCAAGGGACAACCCCUGAGAGAUGGCAGCAGGUUGCGUACCACCGGUACUGGAUGCAUAAUGAUAUGGUCCACGGCUGCUAUGCCCACUACGGAAUCAGGAACAAGCGCUACAAGCUGAUCUACUGGUAUAAUGACGGCUUGGGCAUUGAGGGCACAGGGCCUGCCGAUGACCACAAAGAGUGGGAGCUAUUCGAUUGCCAGGAAGACCCGCUCGAGCUGUUCAACUGCUACAACGACCCCAAGUAUACUGAUGUCGUCAAAGAAAUGACUGAGCUGCUUGAAGACAAGAUGGCGGAUAUUGGAGACGUGCCUGUGCACUUUGGACAUUGGGCUGCGUCGGAAGGCGUCGGACCUCAGAUUGGUACCGGAUCUGGUGAGGUUAAAUAUUAG